AUGUCUUCACCGCCGACUUCAGAUGUGGGAUUUGUCCAGCAAGGCCAAGUUGAUUGGGUAGCCUUCGGCAAAACAAUCGUCCCGUUGUCCAUUGAUGUCCUGGCUAGGCUGCAGGGAGCUGGCGUACAACCGAUCACGUAUGCCGGAGCGCUGCAGCUCACAGCAUCUUUCAGUCUCCCCGAACGCGGUCAACAGAGGCUUUGGGAUGCCAUCAAUCGCCUAAAAUGCUACAACGGUGCCUCUAACCUGCUCUAUUUUGGCUUUGGCCACCGCAGCUUUUUCCGCAUCUUGACCGAAACGGUGUCGGGCCUCAAAUGCAUUGCCUUGUGCUCAUGCGUGGCGGAAAUGCACUCGGAGACCGUUGCAGCGAGAAUCCUCUCAGCCCUGUGGCAUGAGCUAGGCUAUCCUGAGGACUUUGAACCUUCAAUUCCGCAAUUCAAAGCUCUCAUCAAGGCUUGUGGUGGUUCUCUCGCUUCGUCCCCGUUUCCCGAAAUCGCAAAUAGAAUGUUUCCAUCUGUGAAAGACUUGAAAGCCGAUGACAGAUGCUCUGAGCCAAAGGAUGUUGCUAAAGCAUUGAUCGGUCUCUUUGACAUCUCAAUGGGGAAAACGAAAAGCAUUGCUAUUGUCGGAGGUGGCGAUGGUGCUUUCAUCGCAGCAGUUGCUUAUUGGAUCUUCAACAUGUCCAUUUACGUCGAGGAUCACGAUGGCAAUGCGAUAUUCUCAUCCUCAGUCACCAAGCGCCCAGUUCAGCCCGAUUCGGCCCAGGUCUAUGUCAAGUUUUUCGAUCUCAAUAAAGACCAUGGAAUAGCCAUUUCGAAAUCAACCUACCUACUGAACGACGCAAGAGACCUCAUACAAUACACGCCAGACAAGCAGCUCUUACACCUUCGUCGUCGUGUCCCUUGGAAAAGCUGCCUGAAGGAUACGUUUGGAAGCGCAGUCGAUGACUUCAUGAAGCUCCCUGAGGCCAUAUGGAAGUUUCUGGGUAGCUUUGCUAGAAUUUCUCUGGCACUUGCUGAAGGAGAAGUCGAUGUUGGCAAAUAUUUUCGAAAGUAUAUCAUCGACUUUGCUGAAGCAAGCUAUGGUCAAGGCUUUAUUGAUUCUAGUCAAAUUCUGUUCCCUGAGCUGGCUGGGGCAAAUCUGCGCAAUAAUAUGCAGACGGUCCUUCCACUUCCUUUCUCCAAAGCGCAAGCUUACCAAAAAGAGUCCUAUCUGAUAUUCCGGCGUUUCUGUCGAUGUAAUUUAUGCAAUGAAAGUACUGAGGCGGCGCCAAUAUGUUUCGUGGUCCUAGCUACGACUUUGGUAAACUUGAUAGUAACCGUUUCAUCACUACAAUUUGAGGUCGAAUCCCCACUAUACCCAACAUCUCAUGGAAUCAGGUUUUUCUAUGAACGGAACUUGGAGUACUAUUCGUACAGCCUAACAGGUCCUGGUGAUGAUAGGUUUUUACUUCUUUUCAGUUACAUAAGUCAAUGGUAUGAUGAUAUCAAUCUGCUAGGAUUGCUUGUUGAAGAGGUUCUCAUCCUCUUCACAGGCACCAGCUUCGGGGGUGGCAAGUCUCUCGUUCUCGCCAAUAAAGACUCGACUUCUCGCCUGGCUGUCUGUGGAAGCGGAAUAUGUGUCUUUGUCCAUGGAAUGGUCUCAAUUUCCACCAGGGCUGAUUUGCUUCGCCGCAUACACGUUAUUCCAGGCCGUAUAGGACGGAAGACUUUGAGCAACCCAGACGCUGUUUGCCGUGAGUAUGACUCAGUCUUGGAAAUUGCCAAUUGGCCUGAACCUACUGUCGAUCGUCUACAAGUUGUACCGGCUUCUGAUGGUAGACCAUCUACACCAACACCUUCAGGUCAGCAAUCCAGGAAUACAAGUCAUUCGACAGGUUCAAAGCAGCCAAGCGGAGAGAUUUUACAUCAACCAAAGCCAAAUAGAGGGUUGAAAAAUCUAAAGCUAACCCCUGAAGUGUUGGAGUUUGGUGACGCUGGAGAAAUUACUUUCUUUUACCGAAUAUCUACAUCCAGUGGUGAUAUUCUCAUCCCACCUGGAAAGGUAACCACUGGAAUCCUAGAAAGUACCGGUCUCGUUUCGUGCAAGAAGUCCGGGGACUGUAGAGAUUGUGUCAAUCCUCCCAAACUAUUCACAGUGGAGAGUGGCUGGUUCAUGGCCGAUGAACAGGCUGGUAAACCAGACCUUCCCCAUUGGAUCUGCGUUCGCCACACAACUCCAAACUAA